AUGGUAAACAUCCCAGAAACCAGGCCAAUUAUCGAGAAAAUUGUCAAAGAUGAUCCGUCGAUCUUCUCGCGUGCCGUCAACGUACACACCUCAAACAAGGGACAAUCGGGCAGUGAAGCGAAGCGUUGGACAGAUUCCCUGACAAAUUUAUCAUUUUUGCACCUUGUAUGUAAUUAG